AUGAGUGAAGAAGCCAACCAGGCAGUGCCAAGUGCAGAAACAAGCAUGCAGGGAGUCGAGCCAAGUGCAGAAGGAGCCAAUGAUGAGAAUUUCAAGCGGGAAAAUGAACAAGAAGGUGUUCAGGGUGCAGAACCGGCGAAUAAAGAGCAAGAAAGCGGCACCAAUGCCGAACAAAGGCAGCCAGAGGCAGGCAGGGAUGCUGGCGAGCCGGGCAAAAGGCCAUACGACGAUUUUCUCUCCUCAGAUCUGACGGCAGACGACGAUAAGUAUGAUCGAUCGAUCAAAGAAGAUGUUGUGUAUGAAACAACGGAAGAUUCGCAGUUCCGGGAGACAAGGGCUCUUUUUAUUGGAAAUUUGCGGCCUCCUUUCUUGAAUUCGGAUCUCCAGAACAUGUUGGAUGCGGAGGCAUCGCAGGCAGGAUGUAGUAUUGAUCGUUUGUGGUUGAAUGAGCACAGGAGUCACUGCAUAGCGAUAAUAUCGGAUAUUUCCGGGGCUGUGGCCAUCCGGAAGAAGUUCAACGGGCGGCCAUUUCCGAGUGGAGAGGUGAAGGAAGGGGAGGAAGUGGAAGAUAUUAGUGGAGAGAAUGAGAAGGAUGAGAAGGAUGAGAAGGAUGAGAAGGAUGUGAAGGAUGGGAAAGAAGUGAACAGUGGAGAGAAUGCGAAAAAUGUAAAAGAUAUGAAUAAUGGUGAGAACAUGGAAGGUAUUAAAGAGGCCAAUGCCAAUGUCAAUGAUAGGGGUAAAACACCAAAUGACAACUUGCCAGAACAGCAAAGCAAACAGCUUCCCUUGUACAUCGACUUCAUACCGGUGAAAGCCACGCAGUUGUGGAUUGAUCAGGAGGGCAGAGGACCUAAAGAUGCCGUGUGGAAGGUCUCAUACAUGAGGCUUCCGCCAAAGCGGGAGGGAGACCCCGAUUUUCUCGUGGUAGCACACAAAAUGUUGAAUUACCCGAACCGGUCUCUCGGCUACAAGUCCAAACGGGACCACCGGAGUGGUAGCAGGCACCGGAGGGGCGGAUUCCGCCGCAGGCACCGGGAAAGGGAGUAUUACCGGGGUGUGGGGCCAGCAGAAUCGUCAUACAGGGACCGAGAAGCCGACAGAGAGCCCCGGGAUGCAGAUAGAGACCCGUACUACUCCGGGAGGGACCACGGGUACAGGCCGUACCCAACUGGGCCAAGAUACGGCCGGGAAAGAGCCAGGGACCGCGAUUAUUACGGCCGGGAAGGCUACCGGGGAUACGACAGAGACUAUGGUAGGGGAUACAGGGAUUACGAUAGAAGCUUCGGCAGGAGUUAUGAUAGAAGUACUUAUGAAAGGAGUACUGACAGGAUUUACGAUAGAAAUGCUGAUAGGAGCUAUGACAGAAGUACUAACAGAAAUUAUGACAGAGGUACUGACAGAAAUUAUGACGGGGGAUACGACGGAAGCCCACGGGGGGACUACGGCCGCCGGGAAUACGACAGAAGGCCCUAUGAUAAGGAAGAAUACCGGGAGAGGUCGCCUGAUAGAUCAUCGGGCAGGGCCCCGGCUGAGAGCACCAAGUCCCCAGUGUGGUCUGAUUAG